UUGUAACUGUCUGAUAUGGCAUCUUCAUCUGCUGCUUCUCAUAUAUGGAAGUAUGAUGUGUUCCUUAGUUUUAGAGGCAAGGAUACGCGCAAUAAUUUUACCAGCCAUCUCUAUGAUGCUUUAUGUCGUAAGAAAAUCAAGACCUUCAUUGACGAUGGGCUUGAAAGAGGAGAAGAAAUUACUGGUGCACUUUUGAGAACAAUUGAAGAAUCGAGAAUUUCAGUGAUAAUAUUCUCAAGAAACUAUGCAUCUUCUCCAUGGUGUGUGGAUGAACUGGUGAAGAUACUUGAAUGCAAGAAGGCAUAUGGGCAGAUUGUUUUACCAGUUUUCUAUGAUGUGGACCCGUCUGAUGUUGAUGAACAGACAGGGAGUUUUGGGAAUGCGUUUGCUGAGCUUGAAAGAAAUUUUAAGCAGAAGAUGGACAAGGUUCCAAGGUGGAGAGCUGCCAUAAAAAGUGCUGCCGAUAUAUCCGGAUGGGAUUCACAUGUCAUUAGGCCAGAGUCGAGACUCGUGGAUCAAAUUGUGCAUCAUAUUUUGAAGAAAUUGACUUACGCAUCCUCAAGUGAUUUGAAGGGCCUGGUCGGAAUGGAUUCACGCAUGAAGCAAAUCGAAGCCUUAUUGUGCACACAGUUACCAGAGGUUUGUGUUGUAGGAAUAUGGGGCAUGGGUGGUACUGGUAAGACAACUAUUGCUGGAGAGAUAUUCAACAAGAUCGCAAGGGAAUAUGAAGGUCACUAUUUUCUUGCAAAUGUGAGGGAGGAAUCACAAAAGAAUGGAGGAUUAUUUCGUAUGCGAGAUGAACUUUUCUCUAAAAUAACAGAGGAAGAAAAUCUACAUAUUCGCACUCCACGUAUUGGGCACCCUUUCAUUAAAGACAGGAUCUGCCGUAAAAAGGUUCUGAUUGUUUUCGAUGAUGUGAAUGAUGUAGAUCAAAUUGAAAUGUUACUUGGAGGAUGUGAGUCGUUUGGUCCAGGAAGUAGAAUUAUCCUAACAUCUAGAGAUAAACAGGUCCUUAAGAAAUAUUCAGACAAAAUAUUUGAGGUUGGGGAACUGAAAUACCAGGAAGCUCUUCAUCUCUUUAGUUUGCAUGCAUUUAAGGAUAACCAGCCCCCACACAAUUAUAUAGAGCUGUCUGGAAGGGCAAUAAAUUAUGCUAAAGGUAAUCCAUUAGCUCUUAAAGUCUUAGGUUCCUUUCUAUUUGGCAGAACUACAGAAAAAUGGGGAAGUGCAUUGAACAAGGUUGAAAAACUAACUCGGCAAAAAGUUCAUAGUGUGUUGAGAAUAAGUUAUGAAGCACUUGAUAGUGAAGAGAAGAAUAUAUUUCUGGACAUUGCAUGUUUCUUUAGAGGGGAUCGAGUUGAUUUUGUGAAACGGAUACUAGAUGGCUGCGGUUUCAAAACAGAUACUGGAUUUAGUGUUCUCAUUGACAGGUGUCUCAUUAAAAUUUCAGAUGACAAGGUUGAAAUGCAUGAUCUUUUGCAAGAAAUGGCCCAUGAAGUUGUUCGAAAAGAAUCUCCUGACGAGCUAGGAAGACAAAGCAGAUUGUGGAGUUCUAAAGAUGUAUAUCAAGUGUUGACCAAUAAUCUGGGAACUGGAAAAGUUGAAGGGAUAUUCUUGGAUGUUUCAAAAAUAAGAAAAAUUGAGUUGAGUUCUACAGCCUUGGAAAGGAUGUAUAAACUUAGACUGCUAAAAAUUUAUAAUUCUGAAGCUGGAGUUAAAUGCAGAGUGCACCUUCCUCAUGGCCUCAAGUCUCUUUCCGAAGAAUUGAGGUAUCUCCAUUGGGAUGGAUACCCUUUGACAUCUUUGCCUCGCAAGUUUUGUCCAGAGAACCUUGUUGAGCUUAACCUAUCAUCUAGCAAGGUUAAGCAAUUGUGGAGAGGAGACCAGAAUCUCGUCAAUUUAAAAGAUGUCAACCUCAGCAAUUGUGAGCACAUAACUUCCCUGCCAGACCUUUCGAAGGCCAGAAACCUUGAGAGAUUGAAUCUUCAAUUCUGUACAAGUUUGGUUAUGGUUCCUUCAUCUAUACAGCAUCUGGACAAGCUUAAUGAUUUAGAUUUGAGAGGCUGCACAGGCCUAAUCAAUCUGCCCAGUAGAAUUAAUUCAAGAUGUCUGAAGAGUCUUAACCUUUCUGGUUGUCCAAAUCUCAAGAAGAGCCCAGAGACUGCAAGGAAACUAACAUAUUUAAAUUUAAAUGAGACUGCUAUUGAUGAGCUUCCCCGAUCAAUUGGGGAACUCAGUGGACUUGAGACGUUGAAUUUGAAGAACUGCAAACUCCUGGUUAAUCUUCCAGAAAACAUAUAUUUGUUGAAAUCUCUUCUAAUUGCUGACAUCUCUGGCUGCUCAUCUAUCAGCAGGCUUCCUGAUUUUUCGAGGAAUAUCAGAUACUUGUACUUGAAUGGAACUACAAUAGAAGAACUGCCAUCUUCAAUGGGGGAUCUAAGGGAACUCAUUUCUUUAGAUCUAGCUGGCUGCAACAGGUUAAAGAAUCUGCCGAGUGCGGUUUCUAAGUUGGUAUGUCUUGAAAAGCUUAAUCUUUCUGGUUGCUCAAGUAUCACGGAGUUUCCAAAGGUUUCAAAUAAUAUAAAGGAGCUGUAUUUAAAUGGGACAGCAAUACGAGAGAUUCCCUCUUCAAUAGAUUGUUUGUUUGAACUUGCUGAAUUGCACCUGCGAAACUGCAAACAAUUUGAGAUUCUUCCAAGCAGCAUCUGCACGUUGAGAAAACUGCGGAGGCUUAAUCUCUCAGGUUGCCUCCAAUUUAGGGAUUUUCCAGAAGUUUUGGAGCCGAUGGUAUGUUUGAGAUAUCUCUAUUUAGAACAGACAAGCAUAACAAAGUUGCCUUCACCGAUUGGAAAUCUGAAGGGACUUGCCUGCUUGGAAGUGGGAAACUGCAAAUAUCUAGAUCACAUCGCAUGUUUUGGUGACUUGCAAUUGCCCAAGAGAUGCAUGGAUUUAGAUUGUUUGCGUAAGCUAAGUCUAGAUGGUUGCAGUCUAUCGCAAGUGCCGGACAGUCUUGGUCUUUUAUGGUCACUGGAAGUGUUAGAUCUAAGUGGAAACAAUUUGAGGAGUAUUCCUAGAAGCAUCAAUAAACUCUUGGAGUUGCAAUAUCUAGGAAUAAGGAAUUGCAAGAGACUUGAAUCAUUACCGGAGCUUCCACCACGGCUAUCAAAGUUGGAUGCAGACAAUUGCGAGAGUUUGAAUUAUCUAGAAUCAAGCUCAUCAACUGUAGUUGAGGGGAACAUUUUUGAAUUCAUUUUCACUAAUUGCUUGAGUUUGCGUGGGAUCAAUCAAAUCUUGGCGUACUCAUUAUUGAAAUUUCAACUUUAUACCAAAAGGUUAUACCAUCAGGUGCCCGAUGUUCCAGAAAGGGCAUGUAGUUUCUGCCUCCCUGGAGGUGCGACUCCGGAGUGUUUUAGCCAUCAAAGUUGGGGAUCUACAAUAACAUGCCAGCUGUCUUCACAUUGGGCUCAUAGCAAGUUCUUGGGUUUCUCUCUUUGCGCUGUCAUUGCAUUUCAUUCUUUUGGCCAUAGUUUGCAAGUUAAAUGCACAUAUCACUUCAGCAAUAAGCACGGUGAUAGCGAUGAUCUCUAUUGCUAUCUCCAUGGUUUGUAUGAUGAGAAGCGCAUUGACUCAGAUCACAUACUCGUGGGAUUUGAUCCCUGCCUGGUUGCCAAAGAAGAUUAUAUGUUUAGUAAAUACAGUGAGGUUUCAGUUGAAUUCCAACCGGAAGAUAUGAACGGCAAUCUCUUACCAUUAGAAUUUUGUCAAGUGCACGAGUGUGGGCUCCAUCUACUGUAUGAAGAUGGGAUACAAGAUCGAGAUGGAUUGGAAGCAAUGUUCCAAGCCAAGAGAGAAAGGUUCCAAAGCAUGAGGUGGGAGGAUUAUAAUGUCAUGCGUAGGACCUAUGAAUUCUUGGAGGAGCCCGAUGUUUCAGAAAGAGUAUCUAGUUUCUGCUACCAUGGAGAUGUAACUCCGGAGUGGUUUAGCCAUCAAAGUUGGGGAUCUACAAUAACAUGCCAGCUGUCUUCACAUUGGGCUAAUAGCGAGUUCUUGGGUUUCUCUUUUUGUGCUGUCAUUGCAUUUUAUUCUUUCAGCCAUAGUUUGCAAGUUAAAUGCACAUAUCACUUCAGCAAUGAGCACGGUGAUAGCCAUGAUCUCUAUUGCUAUCUCCAUGGUUGGUAUGAUGAGAAGCGCAUUGACUCAGAUCACGUACUCGUGGGAUUGGAUCCCUGCCUGGUUGCCAAAGAAGAUUAUAUGUUUAGUAAAUACAAUAAGGUUUCAGUUGAAUUCCAACCAGAAGAUAUGAACGAAAAUCUCUUACCAUUAGAAUUUUGUCAAGUGCACGAGUGUGGGGUUAGUGUACUGGAUGCCGAAUAUAAAUAUGGAUUGGAAACAAGGUUGCAAGCCCGUAGAGCAAGGUUCCAAGCCCUUAGAGCAAGGUUGCAAGCAACGAGAAGGUAUAUUUAAUGUGACAAAGAAAAGGAAAAGGAAAAGGAAAAUGAUGAACUGACACCCAUAGUCUUUGUUCAAGUAAAUGAAGCUUCUUCUUUGCGUGGUUGGCUGAUGGAAAACAAACUGCUCUUAUUUGCUCAUCUCCUAGUCUUUUCCGUUCUCGACACUUGUAUAGGAUUAAGCAUGUAUUUGUUGCUGUGAUAGUUACUGUGGUUAAAAGUAAAUAAAAAAUAAUAAUUUUAGUUGUGAUUCUAAAAAAUCAUGUGUUUGAUUAAAAUUAUUAUGAAAUGAUUUUAUAAUAAAAUAAAUAAAAAAUAGAUUUUUAGAAAUGAAA